GAUCCUUCUCGGACAAAGAUGUCUAGGAUUCCCACCAUUAUGUUUUCUGCAGAUGAAUUACCCCGGCCAGCUGUCAUUGGACUGGGAGGGAGCAAUGGAUCGUAUGUAGACAGUGCUACAGCCAUAAAGGAAAUUCUAGCUUCUGUUUUAAACAUUCCAAGCACUGUAAAACCCACAUUAACUGUGAAUACAAAUAUCCAGGACAGUGAUACAGAGAACUGGGUGGAAAGCGGCAAUGAUUCAGACAGUGAUUCUGAUUGUGCCCCUUUAAGUUCCUUUUCACAACAUGAUAUUCGAUUGAGUAGACACAAAGCAUCAUGGGAUAACUCGCAGUCAGACUCUCCGGUAACCAUUGCAGUGGAGCCAACCACUUCCUCACAAACUGAUCCCAUCGCCUGCUCAAAGAGUUUUGAUACUGAAAUGGGACGUUCACCUUUCCGGAAAAGCGACCAUUGUGCAGAAGUUGUUUUAAUUGGAUCCAGCGCCUCACAACUGAAUUUCACUUUGAACUCCCAAAAAGACAGACGAUUCUCUUCACCUAAUCUUUCUAGUCUGAAUUUUAAUUCAAAUUUGAAUCCAAGUUCACAUGAUCCCUCAUCAGAAAAAGACGUUAUUCCUGUACUUACAGCCACAGUGGACACUGACACCUAUACUGUAGAAGAUGGCAAGACUUUCCACCGUAGGUCAAAGUCCUAUUCCUGCAUUCCUAAAGCAGCUGAGAAUUUGGUGACUUCAAGCACAGAACUCCAUACCACUGCUGAAAAUCUCUCUUUGAACCAGCUGUAAACUUGGAGAAAGAGAAUGAGCACUUCCUGGCAGCAGAACUGUUCAUAGCUGUGGUUGAGAGAAUGAAGAGUAAUUGGCAGUAUGAGCAGUGGAAAACAGAGGGAGGCAUGUAUUGGAUAAGGAGAGAUCAAGAGCCUUGUUUACACAGGAAGAAGGCAAAUUCUGAAUCUGCUGCUUCUGUUGACAGUGGAUAUGAUGGGUUGGUUGCAUUACAGAAUUCUCCUGUAGAAACUAUAUUUGAGGAGGAUGAAUCGCAGCACUCCAUCAAAACUGAAAUGUUUGAAGACUCUGAUGAUUAUGUAAUUAUAGAAAUGGAAGACUGUGAAAAGUUAUGCACACCUAAGCAAUCUAAUGACUUGCCUAAAAGACAGGGCUUAAACUCUGCUGAGCAAAUUGCCAAGAGUUUAUACCGAUCUUUCCGACAGCAAUGGACACAGGUUGAUGGGGACGCUCCACUACAAACAAGGAUCACAGCUGACGACCUGACUGAUAACGAAGUUAUAACAGAGGAAUUUGAAUCCAGUGUAAGUCUUGUGGAAGAGAUAAAGAAGUUCAGGAUCAGGGACACCGAAGAGUGGUCUCCACGGUUUCAGAUCAUAAGUACCGUACAUCCAUAUAUCAAGAGAGAUGUAAUUGUAGCAUCACAAAACUAUUUAUGUGCUGGCUGUGGAACAAAAGUAGAGCAAAGGUACACUAAUAGGUUGCGAUAUUGUGAUUACCUGGGCAAAUAUUUCUGUGACUGCUGUCACAGUUACACAGAGAGCUCCAUUCCAGGCCGCAUUCUCUCUAAAUGGAAUUUCAGUAAAUACUAUAUCAGCAACUUUGCCAAGAGUGUUGUGGACAAAAUCUGGGAGAGUCACCAGUUCAAUGUGCAGAUUGAAAACCCAGCACUGUACAAAAAAGUAAAGGAUCUAAACAGAGUCCGAGAAGUUCAAGAGCAGUUAAUUCACAUAAGGAAACUGGUGGAAACUUGUCGCUUUGCAGAUGGCAUUAUAGAGGCUUUUGACGAAGUGCCCUCUCAUCUGACAGAAGAGUUGCAUCUCUACACAUUAAGUGACCUCUACAAAGUUAAACAGAAAUCUCUAUUGCUGUCUCUUCGGGAACUUCUUGCCACUGCCGUGGCUCAUGUGGACCAGUGUGAGUUGUGUCAAGCCAAAGGGUUUAUAUGUGUGAAUUUUGCCAACAUCCUGAUGUGAUCUUUCCAUUCCAGACAGAAACCUGUAGAAGAUGUGAAGUUUGCAAGGCAUGCUAUCACAAACAAUGCUUCAAGACUGACGAUUGCCCAAAAUGUACAAGGAUAAAGGCAAGGGAAGCCAUGAAAAGUGACUCUCCAUUUACAUCUAGUAGUGAACUGGACUCAAACUCUACACAGUAA